GUCUUCGGAUCAAUUCCUGAACCUCUUCCACACACACUCAGAUAACUCAUUGAAAAAUGGCGAAUCAGAAAAGGGUUCUCUUAUUAUGUGGAGAUUACGUUGAAGACUACGAAGUGAUGGUACCAUUUCAAGCUCUACUAGCUUAUGGAGUAGCUGUUGAUGCAGUUUGUCCUGGAAAGAAAGCUGGUGAUAUUUGCCGCACUGCUAUCCAUCAGCUUUCUGGUCAUCAGACAUAUUCAGAGUCCCACGGACACAAUUUUGCUCUUAAUGCAACUUUUGAUGAAAUCGAGGCUACAAAAUAUGAUGGCUUGGUCAUACCAGGAGGACGUGCUCCAGAAUAUCUGGCCUUGAAUGAAGCUGUCGUGGGCUUGGUGAAAAGUUUUGCCAAUGCGAAAAAGCCAAUUGCCUCUAUCUGUCAUGGGCAAUUGAUCCUGGCUGCUGCAGAUGUGGUCAGAGGUCGAAAGUGCACAGCUUUUCCUGCUGUGAAGCCAGUACUUCUUGCUGCUGGUGCCCAUUGGGUAGAACCAGAAACGAUGGCCUCAUGUACCGUCGACGGUAAUCUCAUCACUGGACCUACUUAUGACGGGCAUCCCGAAUUCAUCCGACUCUUUGUCAAGGCACUUGGUGGCAGCAUAAUUGGUUCUGGCAAAAGAAUCCUAUUUCUAUGUGGGGAUUUCAUGGAAGACUAUGAAGUGAUGGUUCCUUUUCAGUCCCUCCAAGCUCUUGAAUGCCAUGUUGAUGCUGUUUGCCCCAAGAAGAAAGUCGGUGAGAAAUGCCCCACGGCUGUGCAUGAUUUUGAAGGUGACCAGACUUAUAGUGAGAAGCCAGGUCAUGAUUUUACCCUAAAUGCCGAUUUUGAAAGUGUGGAUCCUUCAACCUACGAUGGGCUCGUUAUUCCUGGAGGCCGAGCUCCAGAGUAUCUUGCCCUGGAUGACAGUGUUAUUAAGUUGGUAAAGGAAUUUAUGGAAUCCAAGAGACCAGUUGCGUCAAUUUGCCAUGGCCAACAGAUUUUAUCUGCUGCUGGUGUUCUCAAGGGUAAGAAGUGUACUGCAUACCCUGCUGUGAAACUUAACGUGGUACUAGGAGGGGGGUCAUGGUUAGAACCAGAACCGAUAGAUCGUUGCUUCACUGACGGAAAUCUCGUGACAGGGGCAGCUUGGCCAGGUCAUCCUGAGUUUGUUUCUCAGUUUAUGGCAUUGCUUGGAGUGCAUGUAAAAUUCUAGGCUACAUGUUUGAUAUGUUUAGCAUGUUAUGUUUUGUGAGUUCAGAUGUAUCCAGAUAACAGAACAAGAAGUGCUUUUCUAAUGUACCUGAACGUUUGCCUGUAAAAGAAUCAAUAAAACUACUUAUGGUUCUCUGCCUUGAAGCACGAACUGUAAGGAACUUUUGACAUUGUGCAUUCUGAAUUAGAUUCUUUUAGUUCUUUUAGCUUUA